UUUAAAAGCUUUAUUUGUGAGAUUUUGUGCAUUUAAUUUAAUAAUUAACAAAUAUUUUCGUUGAAAUUUGUGCAAAUAUCUAAAGGUAUGCAAAGUACAGCAGUCAAAACGCCUGCUUCAAGUAAAAAAGAAGGCGAUGCUGCAAAAAAAGCGACUGGUAAAAAGCUUGUGCAGGCACGGCUGCCGUUUAAAAUAAUUCCAUCUGGAACUCCUGCUGCUGCUACUGCUAGUUCAGCUGAAACCAAGGAGCUGGAGAAUUCAACGAAGGAUGGCAGAAAACGCAAGUUAUCUUUUGAAGUUGAAAAAGAAGAUAAAGAGAAAACGGAGAAUAGUGACUCUGAUGCUUUACGUGGACGCUCGGCUAGCAAAGAGAACUUGACUGUAAGCGCAAAGAAAAAGAAAACAGCGGUUGCUGACGAUGAUGUUAUAUUAUUGGAUGAUGACUCUGUGGAAGGUGAUGAUGAUGAUAAUAACGUUAAAGCACUUGAAGAUGGAAAAGACAUUUCUGUGAAAGAAAAAGAGCCAGUGGAAAAACAAAAUACAAAGAUGCCGAUUGCAAAGCCAACUCCGAAAUCGGUAAAUAAAACUUCUGCUAAAAAAGCGACUAAAGCGCUUAGUUCACCGCGCACACCAAGGCCAAGAGGAGCCAAGGAAACGGAUGCAGAUACACCGAAAAGUACAAAAGCCAAGAACUCCACAACACCCGGAAGUGCGAAAAAUCAAACCAGUAACAACAAAUCAAGCGCUGGUAGUAGUGCAACAAAAGUGCAAAUAAAAUUACCAUUAGGUAGCGUAAAGUCUAACAAGCGAAGGAAGUCAAAAAUUCUAGUACAUAGUGACGAUGAAGAAGUGAUUGUUUCCAGCGACGACAACGCCGGAAAUCCUGUAAAGAAACAGAAAGUUGUGGCAGAUAUCCCUAAAGAUGAUAAAAAGGCUGAAGUACUUUCUAAUUUGGAUUCAGAUAAGACGUCUGUGUCCACUCACAACGAUGCCGUUUCCAUUGAGUCUGGGGAAAGCUCAAAUGUUUUGGUGCUGGAAAUUGGUGGUAAUGAAACAGAUCUGGUUGAUUCAGAGCUUGAUAGUCGAUGUAGUUCAGUAAUUAUUAACUCAAAGGAUACGACACCAGAAAGAGGUUCCAAGAAUGCUACUACUAAUAAAACUGAAGAGAAUUCAUCAAAGGAGCAACCAGAUAAAGAUACCAAAAAGGUAUAUCCGAAACACGAUUCAAAAAGCGAUGAUGAAUGUAAACCAGUAGAAAAUGUAGGAACUGGCCUAGAACAUAAUUCAUCAACAAAAAAUGAUCAAAAAGCUAAUAUAAAGUCGGCUAAGCCACAGAAAACGCCCGAUAAGAAAUUGAAAUCAAAAGAAAAUGAAUCGCCAGCGAAAGCUACUCAAACAAAAAAUGUUAAGAAAUCACCCGAAAAUUCCUCUAAAAGGGAUCGGUCUCCAACUGACGACUCUAGAGACAAAAACAUUGAAACCCGCGGAGAUGACUCCGUGGUAGUCAAUAGUUCUUCGGAUUCUGAACAAAGUUCAUCUUCUGCUAGAGACGAAUCCAAGUCUUACGCGGAGGAAAGCACUUCUAAAAUCGACGCUACACCAAAGCACGUCAAAGACGAUAAUAAUUCAAUAUCGAAGAAGACCCUUACCCCAAAACAAAUUAAACUUAUGGAGCAAAGACGUAAGGCACGGGAGGAAAAGGAACGCCGCUUACAGGAAGAAAGAAUGCAAAAACAGCGCGAAAAGGAGGCCAAGGAAUUAUUAAAGAAACAGGAGCGUGAGGAGCGUGAAGAGCAACGCCGCAAAGAAAGAGAAGAGAGAGAUGAGCAAAAACGCAAAGAACGCGAGGAGCGUGAUGAACAGAAACGCAAAGAACGUGAAGAAAAGGAAAAGAAGCGAAUGGCCGAACAGGAAGCAAAAAAUGAAGAAAAGCGUAAGCGCAACGAAGCCAAGGAGGAGGAGUUGCAGAAAAAAGAGGAAGAGCGUAAACGCAAAGAAGCCGCCGAUUUGAAGGCAAAAAAAGAAGCUGAAGCAUUCCAAAAGUUUUUCAAAGCAAAACGAACAUUAAACACAGAUGCUGACACCAACCAACAACAAACAGAACCAACUGGCGAUUAUGUGCCUGAAAUGCUUGCUUUUCGGCCUUUCGAAGUAAAAGGUGACAUGAAAAUGGCACCUCUACGACGCAAGCAAUUGAUUCCAGCUGCUAGACAUAAACUUGAAGUUUGUGUAGGAACAGAUAAGGAAGCCACUUUGCAAAGUAGUGAUUUGUAUCUUGCCGAACUUAAAAGUGGUAAAAUAACCCCGGGCAUCUGGAGGCGUAUAUCCGUGGAUACAAAAGCAUCCGAUGACGAUGUGCAAAUCAUAGAUGACGAACUAGAUCGCGCAGGACAGGCGAUUGUUGAAGAGACACAUGUACCAAUUGAACACUUCCGAGCCAAAUUCUAUAAAUUCCAUGAAAAUCGGCGACCGCCAUAUUAUGGCACAUGGAGAAAACGUACAAAUGUGAUAAAUCCAAGACGGCCUUUUGUGCAGGAUACGAAAUUCUUCGAUUACGAAGUUGAUUCUGAUCUCGAGUGGGAGGAGGAAGAACCUGGUGAAUCUCUUGAUGGCAGUGAUGAUGAGAAAGAAAAAGAGUCGGAAGACGAUGACUAUGAGGUCGACAAUGAAUGGUUUGUGCCACACGGUCAUCUCAGUGAAGAAGAGCUGCAAAAUGAGGAUGAAGUGCUCGAUGCAAAUACACGUGAAGCACAAAAGGCCAAAUUACAAGUUUUACAGCGAGAGUUUGCGCAAGAGAUGAAAAAGAAAACCGAGAAAAUCAAGCCACGUUUAAUCGGUUGUAUUUGGACGGAUGAGAAUGGCAAUCAACCGACAUUGUGCCCAAAGAUAAUCUGGGACACUCUAAAUAUGCGUGCAAUGUUAUGUCAAGGUCCACCGCUCUUGGAGGAUCCCGAAGUGCCGGAUAAAAGCGAGCCUGGCUCACCCACGUCUAAUGGCAAUGAAAAAACGACCGAAAAGAUAAAACCCAUCAAAAUCAAUGAACGAAUGCUCAACGACUUGGUGCGCUUAGUGCAUGGAAAUCGACAUUCGAAGAACUUCUUAAUAAAGGAAUUUAUAGCCUAUUUGGAAGCCAAUGAAGAGUCGAUCAAGAACGGUGAAGUGCGUGGUCCAAUCAAAUCAAUUGUACGUGAGAAAAUUGAUGAGUUCGCCGAAUGGACAAUUACUGAAGCGACAAAAAUAAUGCAAAAUAAUAAGAAGAAAAACAAGAAACAUCUUUGUUGGAUAGUAUCUGCUGAUGUACUCAAAAAAAUGGGUCUCGAAGAUUUAGGCUUACAGAAUACAUGGAAAUAUACAUUACAACCGAAAAUAGCCGAUAAAGACGAGAGCACAAAACCAGAAGUUGAAGCACAAACAGAAAGUGUGCCUAAAGAAACGCCGGCAAUAGCUGUUGUUGAAGAUAAACUUAAAGAAUGUGAGCCACCUACCCCAAAAAACAAAAUGAAAAAUUCAGCUAAAGAAAAAUCAGUAGCGAGCAGUCAUAAGAAAGAAAAGAAAGCGAAAAGACAUACAGAAAUAACAAAAUUCGCAAAAGUACUGUCGCCCAAAUCACCGAAAACUCAGCAAAAAGUGAUUCCGAAAUCGUCUACCGUUGAAAGUCAACCAGCAACGAGUAAAACCACAUCAACAUCAUCAUCACCAGCCACACCCAAACCAGCAGCAAAUGUUAAAAAGCGUGUGCCGUUGCUAAUGUCUGUAGCGCGCGGUCAAAAUAUUCCAGAACCAGCAAAGAAUGCGCUUAUUAGCGAGUUUCUGAAGAAGUCCAGCCCUAAAAGUGAGACAGGCUCUAGCAAAACAGCACAAUCGGCAACAACUUCUACUGCCAACGAAGUGAGCGAAGUUGUGGAACUCGACUAAGCAACUUUCUGUAGUAUAUAAUUUAGUUUUUUAAUUGUAGUUUUUACAUUCUCUUUAAUAUUAUCGUUAACGCUGUUGCAUACAUAAUUCCUGCGCAAAUAAAAUUUAUUAUAAAAUUUACUAUUUUAUUCAAACACACGAAUAGUUAGUGUAAGUAAUAUAUCUUCUAAUAAGCACAUAUUUCAAGUCCACAGACAUAUACAUACAUGUUUGCAUAUAAAUUCUAAGCGCAUGGUCUGUACACCUUUGUCACAUGUACUUUAGUAUCCCCAGUAAUUGUUCUUAAGCCGCAGCAAAUACAGCUCACACUAAUUAUUA